GGCACUAGGAAUCCGAGGGCAAAGCACCUUGCUCCGCGUCGUCUGGGCUUGUAGAGCGCGCGCUGACGCAAAUUACGAUUCACUUGUACGCCGUCAUCGCUAAGGAUUAGCCAGCGAAGCCGCCGGGACGCCCGCCGCGCUCCCUGACACGCCUGACGCCAAAGAGAGCAAACCAUGCUCCGCUGUGCAGCGCGCCCCCUCGCGCGCGUCGCCACGCGUUUCGUUCUGAGACCCUACCACCAGGAGGUCAUCGACCACUUCGAGAAGCCCCUCAACGUCGGGAGCCUCGACAAGGACGCCAAAGAUGUUGGUACUGGCUUAGUGGGCGCCCCCGCCUGCGGCGACGUCAUGAAGCUGCAGAUUAAAGUGGACGACGACGGGAACAUUGUGGAUGCGAAGUUCAAGACCUUUGGGUGCGGGAGCGCCAUCGCGUCGUCGUCCGUCGCGUCGGAAUGGGUCAAGGGCCGGAACAUCGGCGACGAGUCCAUCAUCACCAAUAAAGAAAUUGCGGCGCACUUGAAUUUGCCUCCCGUAAAACUGCACUGCUCCAUGCUCGCCGAGGACGCGAUCAACGCCGCCAUCGCCGACUACAAGGCGAAGCAGGAGUCCAAGAAGGAAGCUGAAGCAAGCGGCUAGUAACUACCCUUUUGUGUGAA